CAGUCUAAUCCGGUCGAAAAUAAGCUCGGAACACUUCACACCUGAAGACUUAUUGAAAUAUGGACUAUUUUUCAAAAGCUUAGUUGGCAAUACUGUUGGCAAGACCAACAGACAGUGUUGUCUUUAUGUUGGUCUCGCUCGCUCGCUCGAGGAGAUUUUAAUUUUGUUUGAUAGAAUAGAAGGAAAGUAGAGUUAUCUAAUUUCCAAUUUCGAGUGUAAAAGUUAAAAUGAUGGACGGUGGUGUUGUUCACCCACACACCGGGCAAGUGCUUGGUGGGGUCCCUGGAGUAGUGCACGGAAUGCCAGUGCAUGGCGCUGGUCCAGAUGGGGAACACCCCCCACAUGGUCCUCGUAGGCGUUACCAGAACCGGCCCAAGCCUCCUAACAACUUGGAACGUCUGCCCCUAGAUGAAGCUGCUAAAAGGGAAAUGGAAUCUCUUCCUAUGAAGACACCGGUUUCGGUUCUGCAGGAGCUUUUGGCUCGUCGUGGCACAGUGCCUAAAUAUGAACUAGUGCAAAUUGAGGGCAUGAUCCAUGAGCCCACAUUCCGUUAUAGGGUUACUGUAGCAGACUUAGUAGCCAUGGGAACGGGCCGCUCAAAGAAGGAAGCCAAGCACUCUGCAGCAAAGGCCUUGCUAGACAAGCUUACUGGGGCUGCUCCAGCCGACCAGUCCUCCAAUGGCAAUGUGCCUGAAACUGGUACGGUAGUGUCGUCGUUCGAGGACAAGCUGAUGGGCAACCCGGUGGGUUGGCUGCAGGAGCUCUGCAUGUCACGUUUCUGGCCGCCGCCCUCCUACCAUGCUGAGAACGAUGACAAUGUUAACAGGCGUCUGCCUCAUGAACGUCAAUUUACUAUCAUCUGUACUCUGCUGAAGCGUCGCGAAGUCGGGACUGGCAAGUCCAAGAAGCUGGCCAAGCGUCAAGCUGCCUAUAAGAUGUGGCAAGCCCUCCAGGACAAUCCUCCUGAUGUUUUCCAGCCAGAGGAAGAGGGCGGAGUCGCGUCCCGCUAUGCCGACCUGAAAGAUAGUAAAAUCUCCACUCUGACUACCACUCACAGCCACAAAGUGUCGCAGUUUCACAAACACCUCAAACAAUGUGUUGGGCCCAACCUGGCCAAGUUGCAGGUGACGCCAUUGAACAACAAAGACUUCAACUUCGUGCAGUUUCUGCAAGAGAUCGCAUCUGAGCAGGCGUUCGAGGUGACGUACGUGGACAUCGACGAGAAGUCGAUGUCGGGGCGCAGCCAGUGCCUGGUGCAGCUGUCCACGCUGCCCGUGGCCGUGUGCUACGGCUCCGGCCUCACCUCCAAGGACGCGCAGGCCUCCGCAGCGCAGAAUGCCCUCGAGUACCUCAAGAUCAUGACCAAGAAGUGAACGCCUCAUUAUCUCGCGACAUCAAACAGCGCCUGGUGCCCCACUAUGCGCCUCGUUUCAUUAAGCCCAGUGAUCAUAUCAGUUACUAAAUAUAGAUACGCCGAUAUCAUAGUGACACUCGAGAGCUUGUGCGGUUGAUGUCGCUAGGUUUUGAGCCUAAAACUAUCUUUAUCACCACUUCCCAUUUGAAUAAUGGCAUAUUGCCGUGUGCCAAAAGCACUUCGGGCUAUGCUUUAUAACUGGCAUGUUUGCAGUAUCUUACUUGUGAUUUUUUUCUUUUUUUUACAUGUACAAGUAGUUUUUCGUUUUAUUUCCAUAAAUUAGUAAAUCGUUUGCAUUAUUAUGUUUACAUCUGUGAUUUACAUGAAUUAGAAAUUACUUUGUAUACAUUUUCUAUUUAUUUCAUAAAUGGCAUGAUGCAUUUUUUUUUUUCAUUGUAAAUAUUAAAUCAUAUUUUUUUUAUUCAGAAUUAUUUUUGGAUAACAUUAAAAUAUAGAAUCUCAAUAAUAACUAUCUAGGAUGACGUAGCUAUUAUGGUACAUCAUCUGAUCUCAUAAUGUAAGGUAUAAUCACCAAGAAAACUAAAUUUUUGGUCUAAAUGAUAACAAGUGAGUUCUCACUUGUACUAUUACUGCCAAUGUGCGAGGAUAAAUUGCAUAGCCCGUAAAUCUCAACAAAGUAUGGAGUGGUCAUAUAACAAAUACAUACAAGCUAUACUUUGCAUAGAAUUAGUGUAAUUUUCCCAGCGUGGAAAUUACUUAAAAUAAGAAAAAAUAAACAAAAAAAGUAAAAAAUAUGUAUAUUAAAAAAUACAAAAAAAAAAUAAAUGUGUGGACUAUAUUUCCAGUUUAAUAUUCAGCAUUAUUUAGGCAUGUUUUUGCAUUCGUAAUUAAUGAAAUGAUUAUACUACUCCAAAAUCGGUCUUAGCUUUUAAUGUAUAUUAUAAACUCGGCAUAGCCAUUCCUCUUAUUUUCUUUUCGUUUGUACAGGUGUCUAUUUGUGUUUUAUAAAAUUAGUUAGUAUGGUGUGUUAUGGAUUUAUCUCACAUGCUGAGCAUUAAACGGAAAAAAUAUUCUCAGCUUGUAUAUUGUCUUGUUGACGAACUGCCCAACCUUUGCUUUGUAACAAGAUCCGAGAACGCGGUUGACUCACUUGAACUUGGAGCUUACAAAGUGUUGGGUUGGUACUUGCGUAUGUUACGCGUGGCAUUUGUACGAAGGCAGGAUAAGAUUGUUUUAAUUUAAAUUGUACCAGUGGCUGUCUAGGUUUUCAUUUAUGUACAAGUUGGAAAACUUUGCAGGGAAGCUGAGAACUAUGUGUUAGAGUGAAUAUAUCACUGGAAUUAGUGGUUGCGGAGUUAGGAUCCCUUGCCUGUGAAAAUGGGCAUUAUUUUAAUGCAAAGUAUAGAGGUUGUAACAAUUUCUAACUGUACAGUGUCGUCGUCGGUGCUUGAUUGGCGGGCAAUGACGAGGAUCCUGCACGCACCAAGUUUCUUUUAAAUUGAAUGGUGUGAGUUCAACCUGCCUUUAAAAAACAUCGCACUGUUCAAGUUAGAAAAGACUAACUGGAGUAAAGGAUUGGAGUUCUGUUCAACCAAGACCAACUAAAUAAAAAUGCCCUGACAGUGGGACUUUUUACAAUUUUAUUUUUAUGUUUAGUGAGUCUUGGUUUUACUCGUUCUUGUGGAUAAUCUCAAGGAUAAUCAUUAUUGUAGAAAAUCUUCACUAUUAUGACCUUUAACCUCACAUUUUGAGUAUUUGUCUAAUUGUAAUAAAUUAAGAAAAUAUUUUGUGAACAUGAUAUGUAAUAAAUUUUUGCUGUGCAUAAUUUCUGCUCUAACUUCAAUAAAAUUUCGUGUUGCUUGUAA